AUGAGUUGGGGCGGGUUCAAAAAGGCUAUUAACCGAGCAGGUAACAGUGUACUUAUCAAGAAUGUCGACAAGACUGUGGAUAAAGAGUACGAUAUUGAAGAGCGUCGUUACAAGACCCUCGAGAGGGCAGGAAAGGAGCUGCAAAAGGAAGCUAAAGGUUACCUGGACUCUCUACGUGCAGUAACAGCAUCUCAAGUGACUAUCGCGGAAGUCAUUUCAAGUCUUUACGACGACUCCAAGUCUGUGAGCGGUGGUGGCUAUAAUGUCGGAAACUAUUACCUACAGUGCGUUCAGGACUUUGAUUCAGAGACGGUAAAGCAGCUUGAUGGACCUUUCAGAGAAACUGUACUGGAUCCGAUUACCAAAUUCUCAACAUACUUCAACGAGAUUGCUGACGCAAUUAAGAAGAGAGAUCACAAGAAACAGGACUAUGACGCAGCGAAAGCUAAAGUGCGUCGACUUAUCGACAAGCCUGCCAAAGAUGCCUCGAAACUUCCCAGGUCAGAAAAGGAACUUUCGAUGGCAAAAGAUAUAUUCGACAAUUUGAAUGAUCAGCUCAAGACUGAAUUACCCCAAUUGGUAUCUCUAAGAGUGCCCUAUUAUGACCCGAGCUUCGAAGCUCUUGUCAAAAUACAGCUGCGAUUUUGUACUGAGGGCUACACACGGCUUGCCCAAAUCCAGCAGUACCUCGACCAACAAUCGAGAGACGAUUAUGCUAAUGGUCAGCUCGACGAAAAAAUUGCGCAACUUUUGCAACAAAUGAACAGUCUCAACAUUUGUGCAUUAGGCUUCAAGUGA